AUGGCUGCUACGGGGCAUCCGUUCGCCAGCGCCACCCUGAGCGUCUCCUCUGCUCUCAGUUCCGUGCGAGAGAGCAGCAAAUGUGGCGGCGGACUCUGGGCUCGCACCAUCUCCCCCUCUUUCCAUGGCAUUCCAAGCUUGAACCGUGCCACCCGGGUUCGAGUGAGACCAACUCCUUCCAGAAUUCCUUUCUUUGGUUCAGAUCCUGCUUAUAGUAUCUCUGUAGCGAGUUUACUCACUGGGGUUCGGGAUGUUUUAAUUUGAAGUGCCCGAAGGGUGUUGUUAGGAUGCGUGUCGCGGUGGAGGAUGAACAGGACCCAGCGAAGCAGGUGAAAGAGAUGGCUGCUGCCAGGAGGAGAUGGGACGCUUUGGUAACAUUAUUAUCGAUUUUAUAUAGAACUGUAUUUAUUUUUAUGUUGAAGUAAGGACUGUUGUUACCAAUAAUCUGGGGACUUCCUUUUUACGUGUGAACCUGAGAAUUUCAGGAGUGGGAGGGAAUUUAGAGCAUGUCUUGUUUCAGUGAAUAUGCCACGUUAGUCCUGGUUUCAUAUUUUAAAAAAAAAUCAAAAUUUCCUUGACUAAUUGGAGAAGAUGACAUCAAUUGAAAGAAUAUCUUAUAUUCAUUAGAUUAUGUUAAAAAACCCUCUGGUACAGGGAGUGAUCACUGGAUGGAUCGCUCAUAGUUCGAGAUGUGAAGUUCUAGCCCAUAAUUUUGUUGUGUUCUUGUCCUCCAGUCCGCAGAAGCUAGGUUUCAGUCUCAGUCAUGCUGUCAGUUUUGGGAAACUUCUAUGAUGAUUACUCUACUCCAUGAGCUGAUUUAUUCUCUUUUUUUGUUCAUUUGGUCACUUUACAGAUCAGAGAACAAAAGGUUAUGGUCCUUACACCAAGAGAAGCUGGUUAUGCUAUUCAACUCUCUGACACAGCCCUCCUUGAUGUUCGUCCAUCAACAGAGAGACAGAAGGUCAGGUGGUGUUCACUAGGGCGCCUCGGUUAUAUUGACUUCUAAAUUUCGUCCAGCCUCUCCAUUUAAUGUUUCUGUUUUGGCAGGCAUGGGUUAAUGGCUCUACCUGGAUUCCAAUCUUUGAUGUUGAUAAUUCACUUGACUUCGGCACUGUUUCCAAAAAGAUUACCUCUUUUACAAUGGGUAAAUCAGAAUUCAUCCUGUAACCAUACUUUCUUAUUCGGACAAUGAUUAUUAGUAUUGAUGACGAACUAUAUCCAUCUGCAUUAGCCUUCUUGGUGUUUAAAAGUACUAUUCACAGUUCUUCUUAGAUACCAGUUUCUUUUAUUUUGCUUUAUAACACCAAUAGCAGAGUCAAACAAAUAUUAGAAACCAUGUAAACGAAGUAGUAACUUAAAGCUUGUGAGGCAUAAGAGGUUUCACCCAUAAAAACUUCGUUAGUACACUUCACCAUUUUUGUUUUUAUUUCAAACGGUCAAGAUUAUCGACUUACUUCCCAUGAAAACAGAAAUGUGCUGAAUGUGGUAUGACAAUCCAAAAUGACCUUGGGACAAGGCUUGUGAGAUAAGAAGGAAGUAGAGCUGGGUACAAGGAUCAUGUAUACUCAGUUCCCUUGGUGUGAAUGGUGAUCUAUUCCUUGUUGGAAAGUAAAGAUAAUUCAUAUACUGAAAUCUAAAUUGCUCCUUCCGAGUUUCAAAAAAUCUAAAGACCUCUCUGGAUUGGUCAGGUUCAACUUUUUCCUAUUCUUUCAAUCGUUUGAGUACUUGGACAAUUUGGUUAAUGUUUAGAAAAUAUAUCUCUUCAAAUUCUGGUCAUAGAAAAUUUGUGUUGACUACUAGCAGCAAGACGCAGCAUUUUGGAUAGUAGCGGAUAGAUUGCUGGUCGCCAUCAUGGUGGAAUCAUUGAUAUAAGAUAGUUAAAUAUAUGAAACAAAUGUAAUGGCGUGAUUUACCUUUAUGCUUUUAUUGUUUUCUUUUCUUUUAGCGUACUGUGAUAGUGUCUUCAUUAGAUACUCUUCUUCGCAUGCUUCUGCGCAUAUGCAUAUUUCCUUUUUCUAGAUGUAGAUUUAACGUGUCUUGUAGCUCCUGACGUUGAUCAGUGCUAUUCUUUUUAUGGUGGGAAAAACGAGAAUCUGAUGAACUGCUCUUGGAAUGUGAUUAUCAUUAUGGUCAAUGUACUUAGUCUUGUCAGGUUCAAGGCUUGGACCAACUUAUCUGAAUACGUAUACAGCUUUUAUUUCUCAAUUGAACUAUGUAACAUAACGUGUAGCAGCCAUAAAUUCCUUAACUUCAACAUGUUAACCUUAAUUACAAGGUUCUGCAUCUUGAAUUUUGAUUGAGGAGUGGUAGUGAAGGUAUUUGUAUAUAGUUGUGUAACCUUCCAUGAAAAGUCAUAAAGGCCCGUAUAAUCAGGCUACAUUGAAGAUUGGUGCAUAGUUAUGAACAUGUUUGGGAUCUGAUUGUUGUUGUCGCUGCUGAUAGGGAGUAAGUGGAAGAUGAGGAGACCUUUUGUCGUAGAAAUUAGGUUGGAUUUUGUAUUGGCUCAGGGGUGAUGAGUGAAUGUGGAGAAAUGUGGGAAUGUGCUGUAUGAGAUUAAUAUGUUGGAGAUUAGGGCUAUCAGCUAUGAGAAAUCUUAUGAAUUGCGUAUGAUUUUGACUUGUUUUGGGUCAUCCCUUGAGCAAGGCCUUACAGCUAGGUAUGACUAGUCCAGAGGUUAAGGCUCAUCUUAAUUUUUGAAUUUUUUUAUUGAUAAGAGCUCACUCAUCGUAAAAGUGGAUGUAAACUCUAGGGCGAUUGGCACUUGAUUAGUGGUUAUAGAUAUGUAGUCUAUGAGCAGAAAUGAUCUGUCUGUAAUGGACAUAACUCAUAUUUUCUAAUUAUUCCUCUACAUGAUAUGGAAUAAUAGAUAAAUGCUUACUUGUAUCUUGUUUUUAUCGACCUCUAUUAUCUAAGUUGGACUGUGAAAAUGUUAGUCCUAAACUUAUUUCUAUUUUGCGUCGAAUUUUCAAUAUUUAUUAAUUUUAGAAUUAGCUUUAUUGAUUUUAGAAUUAACUUCCACAGUCAACAGAUGUUCCGUUUCUUUUCUUCUCUAUAAUUUGAUCGGGAUCAAGUUUAGGCUCAACUGAGCAGGCAUUAGUCGCAAUUCCUUUAUCUUUUGUUAAGAUUCAGAAUGAUUAUGAAUUGAGUCAGCCUUUCUUGCUGGUCUUGUGGGUUUCAGUUUUUGACACAAUUUGGAUAUCCAGGACAAUCACAUGAUCUUACUAUCUCAGCUGUGAUUAGGUUGAACAUUCUAUGGAUCUCAUUGGAGAAUGUUAAAAAAAUUCUAGUUCCAAGGAAGAUUCGGUUCUUUUUGUUUCGUUUAUAAUUAGAGUGAAUCUGUACAUUUUCCUCUGUAAAGAUUUGGCCUGAAUCUUAAUUUUCCUUUGUGUUUCAAGUAAUUAGAUUUAUUUCUAUUAAUUCGUCAGAAAAGGAUUAGUGAAACCUGUGUCAGAGAAGAAGUGAUGAUGAUCAACUUAAUUUGAUUUUGUAUUACAUAUGCUCUUUCUUUCUUCCUGAAUUGGUUUGUAAACCUCGUCAACCUGUCCCUGUUGACUUUUUCAGGAGGCUGGUGGAGUGGUGUUCCUACAUUAGUUUAUGACAAGUACGCUUAAUACACCCUAAAAUAGUCUCUCACAGAUUAAUGGAGGAUUCUUAUGGAUUCGUGGUAGUUAAUUUCAGGGAUUUCAUCUCAAAAGUUGAAAGCAAGUUUCCGAAAGAGAGUGAGCUAGUUGUUGUUUGCCAAAAGGGACUCAGGUGAUCCCUUAGAUUAUAGCUCCUCUCACUAAAGCUUACAACGUUGUUAGUGAACAUAUUUUUCUGUCUGCUGUAUUUUCCCUUUCAGUUGUUAUAAAUGUUUCUUAUUUAGUUGCCCCAGUCUGAUAAAUAAGGUGUUCAAGUGGUAUAAUGAAUGCUUUAUUGCCUUAUGAAAAAAGGGAUGAUAGCUGACAUGAUGUUACAUAUUUGUUGCUAUGAAUAUAUUUGGACAAAAUUUUGAUAAUUUGGAUCAACAUUAUUACACAAUCAUUAGAAAAAAUCAAAGAUAUACAAACGUGGUCAAUCAGUUCUCAAAGGAAAAAAGAUACAUUCCAUAACUUAUCAAAGACAGUAUAUGCUGCACUACAACCGUAGUAGAAACUUGGGAGAUUAAAUUGGGAGGAAAAAAUUCACUUUGCUUGGCCCCUUUUUCAUGCUAUUCUAUUUUUCCCUCCUAUCAAUUAAUUUUGUGUCCUAUAUAUCAAUUGCUUAAUACUUUCUUUCUAUUGGCUUUCAAUCUAUAUGUUUUUCAUUUUUUCCACUUUUGUUAUUCUUAUUUACUUCCUGUUCAUUUGUGAUCUGCUUGUUGUCCACAUCCUGUGGGGAAAAGACUUCAGGUCAUUCCUUGAUUUUUCAUCGUCGUUGUUAGUCCUCCAAGCUUGAUCUGUAAGGAAGAGCGUUCUAUUUUAGCAUCAUUUAGAAAAGUAUUAAACCCAGAAGUGUUGCUGAUCUUGCCUUCUCCUCUUGGCUUUUUAUCACUUUUGUUGUACCCACUGAAGGUUGCUAACUUCUGAAGGUCUUCUUCAUCUGGUAGGCUGUUGAUCCUUGCUAUUUCUGGACUGACAAACUUGUGCAUAUUGUGAUGGAUUUAUAAGGCUUUCCAUGUUGACUAUAUGAAUGCUUUACUUUCUUUUGGUAAUCAGCUGAAAGAUGCUGAUCCUGCUUUUCAGUACCUUUCCCUCUUGAGAUCAUGUUGAGUUAAAUGGUCUUCUAUUGCAGAUCAAUUGCUGCUUGCGAGCAACUAUACAACGCGGGCUACAGAAACCUCUUUUGGGUUCAAGGGGGUCUGGAAACCGCUGAAGAGGAGGUGAACAUAUUCCUCAUACAUGGAUCUACCCUCCUCGUUUCUCUGAUUCAUUUUCCCUUUCCAAGUUAUUUUUAGGGCAAUUUAGUGGGUAUUAUAUGCUUCAUACAUUCUUGAAACCAGGAUUUUCAGCGCGAAGGUCCUCAGCCUUUCAAGCUCGCUGGGAUUGGUGGAGUGUCCGAGUUUUUUGGGUAACUUCUUGUUGACAUUCCCAUGCCGAUUAUUGUUAGUGACUUUAUGUAGCAUUGCUACGAUUGGGUGGAUCUUCCCUGUUCUUCAUGAACCCACAAGUACCCAAUUUUCUUUCCCUGAUGAACAGCAGAAGCAUGAUCGCCUGGAGAUUUUAUCUGCCUAUAAAGAAUGUUCUGAAUAUAUCAUCUUAAAUGUUCUCUUGCAGUUGGACAGAUCAACAGCGUAUUGUGGCUGCCAAGGAAGGAUGGGGCUACCGAUUCACAUACACUGCCCGCUUGGUAUCUUUUGGCGAUAUUGGUAAUUUAUGUCAGAAUUUAGGAUAAUUUUGAGGAAAAUCAUUUUUCUCUUGCUGGAUUGUGCUACAGAUUGGGCUAAUUAUCCUGGUAGACGCUUUAUUUUUUGGAGGCCAGCAAAUCCGUCCCCUGCUUCAAGGGCUGCAGUCAAAUUGA